AUGAAGUUAUUUUAGGCUAUGUGGACUAGGACCAUUUACAGCAUUGGUCGUAUGGUCAGAGAAACUGGUUUGGCCUUAGAUAGAUAUGGUUGCAAAUUAGAACAAGAUAUUUCUUGCUAUGAACCCUUGAGUCGUCAUAGAAACAUUUUACCUAUUUAUGAUUUAGUUCCUACUUUUUAUCACUCUACUUUUAUUGCUCCUAAUUCUUCUUUGAUUGGAGCUGUUUAUCUUGGUUAAAAUACUGUUGUCGGUUACGGAUCUACAUUGAGAGGCGAUAAUCACGCUAUCAGAGUAGGACAUAAUACUGUCAUUGGUGAUAAGGUUGCUAUUUCCAAUGUUGCUACUCUUGCUGCUGGUAUUCCUGUCUCUACAAAUAUCGGUAACCACGUUAACAUUGGAGCUGGAUGCGUUUUAUAAUCUUGUGUUGUCGAUGAUAAUGUCACUGUUGGACACAACACCGUCAUUUUAGAAGGUUCAGUACUUGAAAGAGGAAGUGUCAUUGCUCCUAACUCUUUAGUCCCUGCUGGUCGUCUUAUUCCCUCUGGUUAACUUUGGGCUGGUUCUCCAGUUAGAUAUGUUAGAGAUUUAAAAGAAGAAGAAAUUAAACUUAAUUUAGAAUAAACUGAAUAAAAUCUUUCAAUAGGAAAAACUCAUAAAUCCUCCUUAAUUUAACAAGAAGCUUAUGAUAGAUUACUUGCUUGA